UAUCAAAGGAAAUAGUUUACAAAAAUCACAAUGAAGUUUGGGAAAACAUUUGAGAGCCUUUUGACCACUGAAUGGCGUCAGCAGUACAUGAAUUAUGUGGAUCUCAAGGCAAUGAUACGCCGCGCCACAGACAAUGCACCAGAUCCCAAGUCUGUCUCCAAAUUGGAGCUGGAACUUUAUUACAAGGACUUUGAGACUCUCUUUUUCUCCACCUGCCUGGAGGAGCUGAAUCGCGUCAAUCAGUUCUUCCAGCAAAAGUUAUCCGAGGCACGCCGCAAACUGGCCACACUCAAGUAUCAGUUUUUGGUGUCCGAUCGUCAUCGUGAUCCCCUGGGGCAUGCCAAGAGCAAAAUGCACUUGGAGGAUGAGGAGCAUCGCAAGCCACUGUCGCAGCGAAAACUGCGUUUAGCCAGCUCGGAGUUCUACUUGAGUUUGAUUAUGCUUCAGAAUUAUCAAACACUUAAUCACACGGCCUUCCGUAAGAUAUGCAAAAAGUAUGACAAGUACAUCAAGUCCAACGCAGGCAUGUACUGGUUCAAAGGACACGCCCUGAAUGCCGAAUAUGCCAAGCCCACGGAGCUGGUGACAAUGUUAAAAGCCGUGGAGGAUCUCUAUACGGAAUAUCUGACAAAUGGCGAUAGAUCCAAGGCCAUGGCAAAGCUCAGGGUGCCGCCAUUGGGCGAAAAGACUUCCUCGACGCGAGUGUUCUUAUCGGGUUUAUUUUUAGGGCUAUUUAUUGUGGGCACAGUCAUGAGUGUGAUUUCAUGGUUUACUUUGGAUUUGAAGCCCGACUUUAAAUUCAUGUUUGUCAGCCUCUUACGUGGCCCCCUGAUGCUCAUUGCUUAUGGCAUUUACUUGGCCUUAAAUGUCGGCAUUUGGCAAAAAGUUGGCAUCAAUCAUGUGCUCAUCUUUGAGGUGGAACAUCGCAAUCAUAUGGGCUUCCUGGGUGCCCUGGAGAUAGGCAGCUUCUGUGGCUAUCUCUUCACCAUCGUUGUACUGGCUUACUUGUACAACGAUGAAUUUGGCAUCAAGGAAUACUACAUUCUUCCCUUGAUCUACAUGACCGUCAUUGCCGUGCUGUUUCUCAAUCCCAUUCGACUCCUGAAUUAUCCCUUUCGCGUUUGGUUGAUGAAACUCUUUGGCAGGGUUAUGGCUGCUCCAUUUUUCUACGUGGGUUUCGCCGACUUUUGGAUGGGCGAUCAAAUGACUUCAAUGGUCCAGUGCUUUGUGGAUCAUUAUUAUUUAUUUCGUUUCUACAUUCGUUACUACAACAAGCAGGAGAAUAGCUACGGCUUUGAGCCCGACUAUGGCGUGGCGCUGAUACGCUGCCUGCCGGCUUGGUUCCGCUUGGCCCAAUGCCUCAGACGCUACAGGGACAGCGGCUCCAAGUCCAAGCAAUAUCUGAUGAAUGCCGUCAAGUACAGUCUCUCGAUUUUGGUUGUCAUCUUUUCCACCAUACAAAUGGAGACAAAUUACAAAUAUAAUUACAUGUUUGAGAAUCCCUGGACCUGGCUGUACCUUUUUACAGCCCUUUUAACGAGUGUUUACUGUUUGUCUUGGGAUCUACUGAAAGACUUUGGUUUGUUCAAGAUUUGGAAAUGGGAGAAUUUAUUUUUGCGUGAGAAUCUGGUCUAUCCAAAGUGGUUUUAUUAUUUUGCCAUCCUAGAAAACUCGCUGCUUCGUUUCGUUUGGAUUCUAGAAAUAGUUUUCAUCUAUUUUGAUGUCUUGACCAUUUACAAUUGCAAAUCCUUGAUAAUCUUUUGCGAAAUAACUCGGCGCUUUGUGUGGAAUUUGUUGCGUUUGGAAAACGAACACUUGAAUAAUUGUGGAAAAUUCCGUGCCACACGUGACAUAUUCCUAACCACACUGAAUCCCACGGAGGAACUGCUACUCGAGCGCAUGAUGGAUGAAUCGGAUCAUCGUUCUUCCGGCAGACCAUCAUCACAGACACAAACCAAAGAUCAAGCCUGUUCCAAGCUUGAUAAGAAAUACUUUUAAAAUUUUGUCAUUCUUUG